AUGGGUCGUACCUGUCCACAUUGCGGUUGCUCGGAAAUAGAUGAAGACACCGCAAGAGGAGAUGCCACAUGUACAGGAUGUGGUACCGUUUUGGAAGAAUCCAUUGUUGUGUCGGAAAAUCAGUUCCAAGAGAGAGCUGGGGGAAGUGGUCAUACUCUCGUGGGACAAUUUGUCUCUAUGGAUAGAUCUACGACCCAUACUUUACAAGGAGUACCUGGUUUAACCUCUCAAGAGUCUCGUGAAGUAACCUUUCAGAAAGGUAGAAAGCUGAUCGAAGAGAUUGCAAGUCAGCUACGAAUCAACCAACAUUGUAUUGAAACUGCGUACAAUUUCUUCAAAAUGUGUGUAAGCAGAGGAUUAACUAGGGGUCGCAUAAGAACUCAUGUUGUUGCCUCUUGUAUGUACAUGACCUGUAGAUUAGAAAACACAUCCCACUUGCUUCUAGAUUUCAGUGAUGUUACUCAGGUUAAUGUCUUCGAUCUCGGAAGAACACUCUCAUUUCUUAGUAGAUCUCUUCGAAUUAAUUUGCCCACCACAGAUCCUUGCUUGUAUAUUAUGCGGUUUGCAUGUAUGUUAGAGUUUGGCGACAAGCAGAAAGAGGUUGUGAACCUCGCGACUAGACUUGUGCAGAGAAUGAAAAGAGAUUGGAUGUCUACAGGUCGUAGGCCUACGGGGUUAUGUGGAGCUGCUCUCCUGAUAGCUGCUCGAGCUUUCAAUUUCAAUAGGUCUAUACCAGAUGUAGUUAGAAUUGUGCACAUCAGUGAGUCAGUCGUUCGAAAACGAUUAGAGGAGUUUGGUCAAACUCCUUCUGGAGCGUUAACCAUAGAUGAGUUUGCUAUAGUGGAUCUGGAGCAUGAUGAAGAUCCUCCUGCUUAUCAAGAGUCGAAAAAAAAAGUAAGGGAACAGUUAAUGCGGAAUGAAUCUCUCUUGGCUGAGAAGUUACAACCUGUGGAAGAGGAGAUUGAGAAAGCUCUCGAGAAAAAAAGACGAGAAAAGUUCAAGCAUACUCCCUACGCUAAAAUUGUUGCAGGGGCGAUUGACGAUCCUGAUGUUGGACAAGCUGAAGAGCGUUUAGUAAGAAAUGAUAUAAUUGAUUCCGUUUUUGAAGCAGCUGAUGAAGUAACGUCUGACAAGGAUGACUCUCAGUAUGCUCAAUUCCGUCCCACCCUUGAAUCCCUCGGCAUUGCCAGUAGCUCGAGUGGUGUUUCAACUCGAAUGAAAUAUUGUGAUGUACCAAAUGGAGAAUUAGAACUUGAUGAUAUUGAUGAUGAUGAAAUUGAUACCUAUAUUCUAAGCUCGGCCGAAGCUUCAUUGAAGGAGAAGUUCUGGAUGAAAAGUAAUGGUGAACACUUGAAGGAAAUGGAGAGACGGAAGAGAGAACGUGAAGAGCAAGAAGAGACUGGCAAAGACGCUGGAGUGAAGAAAAAGCGUCGAUCCACUGCUAAUCGGAACCCUGGCUUUUACACCCCGGCUAAUACUGCAGUAGAAGCGAUGGAAAAGAUUAUCCAUGAGAAGAAAUUAUCAAACAAAGUCAAUUACGACAUCCUGAAGGAAAUUGAACACACUUCUGUUCCUGGGACUAGUAUGCCUGUCAAACCAGAGACACUCCCAAGCACACCUGUUAAGCGCAAAGCAACAGAGAACAUCGAUUCUUCUAGCUCAGCUGAUAUUCUUGCUGGCGUGACACACUCACCUGAUUUAUCCAAACGAGAGAGAGAUAUAAAAAGAAGAAAUACAGUGAAUUCGUCAUUGACCAAUCUUCUUGAUGUAGAAACAGUUUUGAAGACUGAAGUUGUCACAACUGAAAAAGCAACUCCCAAGCCAGAAGAAAAGAAAGUAUUUACCCCUCCAAUUUCACUUCCACUUACAAGAGGAAGACUUACAAGAUCUCGGCGUUUAAUAAAUGCCGCUCCUAACAUUGGGAAGACUCAAACAGAGAAAUGA